AUGGCUACACCGUUUGAUAUCAGGGAAGACUCUUCUGACUCGAUGGAAGAGCCUACUCACAGAAUGAACGCGGUAGCGGAAGAUCCAAGCGAAGACGAAGAAGAUGAAGAUGAGGAGGAGGAAGAAGACGAAGAAGAAGAAGACGACGAGGAAGAAGGAGAAAAGGAGGAGGAAGAAGAAGAAGAAGAAGAAGAAGAAGAGGAAGAAACCGACUGGCCGAAAGUGUGGAAAUCGUUCCUUAGAAUUAUAUUCCCACCGAGGGAAAGUUUCCUGAUCCUCGGAUCCACUCACCAAGACGGAGACUUCUCCUAUGAGGUCAUCACAGUCAGUCAUGGCUUUGAGAACCCGUUCUUUACUCUGGUCACCGGCUCACUCAUAUAUUUGAUGCGUUCCUGGGAUGAUCUUGACCCUGAUCUCCCUGAAGGGUUUCGCUCGUAUGGCGCUGUGGUACAGGCCGACCACAUUCGGUUCUACCAGCACAUGAUGGAUUGGACCGACGACAAGGAGAACUUGCAUCCCGGAGAGAUGAUUGAAGGGGGCACACCUGGCAGUGCAAACUCAUGGCAGUACUUCACUCUCAGAGGAGACAACCUUGGGGGCCAGAACUUCUAUCAUCUCUUCUUGGACGGAACCCCAUCGCGAUAUUGGACAAUUGCUGCUCGGUUCUUUACCGAGAUCAAGUAUCAGGCCACAGGCUUAGGGGUUGUCGGUAGACCCCUUUGUGCACCGCGUUCUUAG